AUGCCUAGUCAACAACAAAUCACCAGAGCUACCAGAAGCGGUAGAACGAUUGAUUCGCAAACGAACCCAAUUGAGAUCCCACCACCUUCAUCAUCCGGAGCAGACCAAGACCACCCAACCAAUAACAAUUUGGAAGGGACUGAUAAUCCAGAAGAAGAAGAAAGAGAAAACGACGGUUUAGAUGGUGAAGCUUUAGACGAACAACUUAGAGAUGACGUAGCAGAGAUGAUGGAGAACUAUUAA